CACUCACUCUCUCUCGGAAGCGAGACGACAAAAGAAAAAACAUUUAGGACAAAACCAAAAGAACCCUAAUAAAAGAGAGAGGCAGAGCAAGAAGAUAAGAGAGCUAAAAGCAGGAGAAAAUGGGGAUAAAGGAUCUUCUCAGAUUCAUGAAACCUUACAUUCUUCCCAUUCACAUCCAGAAAUACGCAGGAACACGAGUGGGAAUCGAUGCGUAUUCAUGGCUACACAAAGGAGCGUACUCAUGCAGUAUGGAGCUGUGUUUAGACACUGAUGGGAAGAAAAAGCUGAGAUACAUUGAUUACUUCAUGGACAGAAUCAAUCUCCUUCAACACUAUGAGAUUACCCCAGUCGUUGUUCUUGAUGGUGGUCGUAUGCCCUGCAAGGCUGCCACUGGCGACGAACGCCAAAGGAAGCGAAAGGCAAACUUUGAUGCUGCAAUGGCGAAGCUUAAAGAAGGGAAUGUUGGAGCAGCUGUUGAGUUUUUCCAGAGAGCAGUUAGUGUAACAUCAUCCAUGGCUCAUCAAUUGAUUCAGGUUCUGAAAUCAGAAAACGUGGAGUUUAUCGUAGCUCCAUAUGAGGCUGAUGCUCAGCUAGCAUAUCUAUCCAGCCUUGAACUGGAACAAGGGGGGAUUGCUGCUGUUAUUACCGAGGACAGUGACUUACUUGCCUAUGGCUGCAAAGCUGUUAUCUUUAAGAUGGAUCGGUACGGUAAAGGGGAGGAACUGAUUCUAGAUAAUGUUUUUCAAGCCGUUGAUCAGAAGCCUUCUUUCCAGAAUUUUGAUCAAGAGCUAUUCACUGCAAUGUGCGUACUAGCUGGAUGUGAUUUUCUGCCCUCUGUUCCUGGUGUUGGCAUCUCGAGGGCUCAUGGAUUCAUCUCCAAAUACCAGAGUGUUGAACGUGUUUUGUCAGUUCUCAAGACGAAAAAGGGCAAACUAGUUCCUGAUGAUUACUCCAACUCUCUGAUGGAAGCAGUUUCAGUUUUUCAGUAUGCUCGUGUUUAUGACUUUCAUGCUAAGAAGCUCAAGCACUUGAAACCCCUCUCACAGAACCUCGUGAAUUUAUCAGUUGAAGAGCUUGAGUUCCUGGGACCAGAUCUCUCACCAUCUGUUGCUGCUGCAAUUGCUGAAGGGAAUGUUGAUCCCAUAACCAUGGAGGCUUUUAACCGCUUCUCGGUUUCCGAGAGACAACCGAAGAAGCCUGUCCCA